AUGCAAGGAAACAGGAAACUUACAGUUCCCCAGGAUUCUUUUCGUCUCCCGGUUUCUGUCCGAAAAACAGCUUCUCGUUUCCUAGACAUCGCGGCCGAGGCCAUCGCGUCACUGUUCGAGAAGGGCGUCGUCCGCAAGCUGCUGAGCGUGCUCGCGCACAUGGCCGCGCGCGCGAGCGAUGUUCCGUGCGACGCGCGGCUCAUCAACUUCUGCAAGAUGCUGGAGGUCUUGGCGAACGUCUUGGCAAACCUCUCGAACAGAUUCGAUCUGUUUGGUGAAGAGAUGAGGGCCGGUCCAGACUUUGCCAUCAGCAUGGUUUGGGUCAUCACCCACUGGGACUACGAGCUCUCCGCCUCUAUCGCAGCUCUCAGCAUGGUCGACAGAAUGUUGAUCAGCGACAGAAUCGAGGACAGAGCCGCAGCAUCGGAUAUCGUCCGCCAGGAGGGAGUGCUUGCAGCUGCGACAGACUACGUCAUCAACACUCUUGACUCGAACGUGCGACUCGGAUUUGAUGCGCGAAGAGUGGAGGCGUACAAUCUCUCCUUCCUUUCGGUCGAAGACCUCCCGCCCGGCGCGCUGUCUCCCGCAGUCGUUUCCACUCUAGUUCGCGUUGCUGCCGGGACCACCAUCCAGGCGGACGCCCGAAUGAAGGCCGCGGAAUUGCUGCGGCGCUUUCUGGGACAGGGGCUGGUGUCGCCCGACCAGACCGGGGUGCAACUGCCGUGCGACGAGUGCUGGGCGGCCAAGUUCUCAGGAGAGCUCAAGCGGUGCUCCCGAUGCAAAGGCGCCCGGUACUGCAGCCCCGAGUGUCAGCGCGCUGGUUGGAAGGAGCACAAGAAGAGCUGUGUGGCUAUGCCAACGAGCACAUAA